CCCGCCCCGCAGGGGCUGCUGGGCCCGGCGCCGGGAGCCGAGUGGAGCCGUGCGGCGCGAAGAUGUGGCGGCCGUCACGGCUCUGCGGCUUCCACUCCGCCCUGCUGCGGAGCACACUGGACCCCUGGCUGCCGCCCGCUGCCUUCCCCAGGAGAAGCCUCAGGGUCCUGCCCACGAGGUGGCCCCUCCGACCCAAGCCCCUCUGGAGGAAGGUGCUCUCUGCCACGGCGAUGGGGGUCCCCCUGCUUCUUGGAGCCCGCUAUCUCACAGCAGAGCCUCAGGAGAAGAGGAAGAUGAGGCUUGUAGUGGACGGCGUGGGGCGCUUCAGCAGGUCGCUGAGGAUAGGCCUGCAGAUCUCCCUGGACUACUGGUGGUGUGCAAACGUCGUCCUGCGAGGGGUGGAGGAGAACAGCCCGGGGUAUCUGGAGGUGAUGUCAGCGUGUCACCAGCGGGCGGCUGAUGCCCUGGUGGCCGGGGCCAUCAGAAACGGAGGCCUCUACGUGAAGCUGGGCCAGGGGCUAUGCUCCUUCAACCACCUGCUGCCCCCGGAGUAUAUAAGGACCCUGCGUGUGCUGGAGGACAGAGCCCUCACCCGGGGCUUCCAGGAGGUGGAUGAGCUGUUCCUCGAAGACUUCCAGGCCCCGCCUCACAAGCUCUUCCAGGAGUUCGACUACCAGCCCAUCGCUGCCGCGAGCCUGGCCCAGGUGCACCGCGCCAGGCUGCACGACGGCACCGCGGUGGCUGUGAAGGUGCAGUACAUCGAUCUGCAGGACCGCUUUGACGGGGAUAUCCACACCCUGGAGCUCCUGCUGCAGCUUGUCGAGCUCAUGCACCCCAGCUUCGGCUUCAGCUGGGUGCUGCAGGACCUGAAGGGCACCCUGGCCCAGGAGCUGGACUUCGAGAACGAGGGGCGGAAUGCCGAGCGCUGUGCCCGGGAGCUGCAGCACUUCCGCUACGUUGUGGUGCCCCGCGUGCACUGGGACACGUCCAGCAAGCGUGUGCUGACGGCCGAAUUCUGUGAAGGCUGCAAGGUCAACGACGUGGAGGCCAUCAAGUCCAUGGGGCUGGCGGUGAAGGAUAUAGCAGAGAAACUCAUCCAGGCCUUUGCGGAGCAGAUAUUUUACACGGGCUUCAUCCACUCUGACCCCCACCCUGGCAAUGUUCUGGUGCAGAAAGGCCCAGACGGCAAGGCACAGCUGGUGCUGCUCGACCACGGGCUCUACCAGUUUCUGGAUGAGAAGGACCGGGCAGCCCUGUGCCAGCUGUGGCGGGCCAUCAUCCUGAGGGAUGACGCCGCCAUGAAGACACACUCAGAGGCACUUGGGGUGCGAGACUACUUCCUCUUCUCCGAGGUGCUCAUGCAGCGGCCCGUACGCCUGGGGCAGCUGUGGCGCUCACACCUGCUGAGCCGCGAGGAGGCCGCCUACAUGCAGAACAUGGCGCAGGAGCACUUCGAGGACAUCAUGGGUGUGCUCAAGGCCCUGCCGCGGCCCAUGCUGCUCGUGCUGCGCAACAUCAACACCGUGCGCGCCAUCAACACCACCCUGGGCGCCCCCGUCGACCGCUACUUUCUCAUGGCCAAGAGUGCGGUCAGGGGCUGGAGCCGCCUGGCAGGGGCAGCGUAUCAGAACAUCUACGGCGCCAGCCUCCUGCGCCACAUCAAGGUCCUCUGGGAGACGUUCAAGUUUGAAGCGGCUCUAAGGCUGGAGACCCUAUCAAUGCGGCUCACCGCCCUCCUGGUUCGGCUCCUGGUCCGCCUGGGCCUCCUGCCCGAGACCCAGGGGCUCUCGGAGUUCUUGGAGACCUAGGGAGUCCCGGGGCAGGAGGGUGACCUCGGAGCUCAUCCAGCAUCGGACUGCCAGGGUGGCCACGGCUGGAGUGCAUACCCCAAGACCAGGGGCACUGGGGCGGCUGCGGGCUCAAGUGGGGGGACGCCGCAGGGCUCUGACCACAGCCCAGC